UGCCUCUAUGUCCCACAAUGGAAUCAUCAAAACCCAUUAUCUCUGUUCCUGCAAUUCCAAUCAUCGGCUUCUUCUUCUUCAUAGUCGUUAGCUUCAUCAGAACAGGUGCUUCUCAGAAACCAAACUACGUUGGAAAUGAUUGUCAGAGCAAGACCCAACAAACCCUUACUUCCUCUUACAAAGUCAACCUUAACCAGGUACUGUCAAGGCUGUCUGCUGAUGCUGCCACGAGAAAACGCUACAGUAACACCACAGUUGGAAACGCCACUGACACCGUGUACGGCCUCUUCGACUGCCGUGGGGAUGUAGUCGGAUACUUCUGCCAGUUCUGUGUCACCACUGCUACCAGAGAUGUUCUUCAACGUUGUCCCAAUCAAUAUUCUGCUGUAAUACGAUACCAAUCUUAUGUGGUACAGUUAUUGCAUUGUCCAAUACUUGAACCAGAACUUCUUUGGGAAGGUGAUGUGGAGCCCGAUUUGGCACAUGCAAGGAGUGAAGAUGUCAGAUUCGAUGGAGGGGAAGAAGUUAAUAAUGGAGUUAGCAGGUCAAAAGCCUUGAUCAUAAGCAUAAGUGUGUUAGUGACUGUGGCCAUACUAAGCUUUUCUGUCUACCUCUUCAGACGAAGCAAGAGUAGAAAAGAUGAAAGGCCAUUGAUGAGCAUUUCUAUAUUACAUGAGCUAUUUCAAAGAGAGAGCUCAUUGAGUACAGACCUUCCCACAAUUCCUUUACAUGUGAUUCAACAGAGUACUCAUAAUUUCUCCGAAGGUUCUAAAUUGGGAGAAGGUGGAUUUGGUCCUGUUUAUAAGGGAACACAGCCAGAUGGGAGGAAAGUUGCUGUGAAAAGACUCUCUCAAACGUCAAAUCAAGGUUCACAGGAAUUCAAGAAUGAAGUGAUGUUUAUAGCAAAAUGACAACAUAGAAAUCUUGUCAGACUUCUGGGUUGCUGCAUAGAGGAAAAUGAAAAGCUACUGGUAUACGAGUACAUGCAAAUUCUAGCCUCGACUCACAUCUUUUUACUUGUGUCAUGAGUCCUACAUUGAGAAGUCACAUUAGUGGAGUAUGGUUUAUAAGUCAACUGGGCACCUUUUCCUUACAAGACGCCUUUUGGAGGUGAGUUCUACCUAGAUGUCUUGUGGUUGUGACAUUGGUGCUCUUGUUGAAAGUCGCUGUUUGCGGAAAGGGCUACCCACGAAGAGGCUGACCAGCCGAAGGCUAAGUGAAGUGCCAUAGAGUGUGAGCUGUCGCGAACACUAGCUCUUGAGGGGUAGGCUAUGUCAUGAGUCUCACAUCGGGAGGCCACAUUGGUAGAGUAUGGUUUAUAAGUCAAUUAGGCACCCUCCCCCUACGAGACAUCUUUUGGGGGUAGCUCUAUCCAAAUGACUUAUGGUCGUGAUAGCUUGUUUCUUCUAGACUUAUAUCCUGCAUGUUCAUUUGUUUUAUGGUUGCACCUCAUGCAACCCGCUGUGCCCUUAAUGUUCAUUUGCCACGUUAAAGGAUCCUUGUUUCAUGGUCUUCAUUUCCCCAUUGUUGUUCUUCUAUCUUGUUUUACAAGUUUACUUUAAUGUUGAUUUUCUUUUCA